UUGUUUUAGAAUCUGAACCAGAAUCCAAGGACUCUUCUACCCAAAUUUUAUGGACUGUAUUGCGUUCAGUCAGGAGGCAUUAAUAUUAGAAUUGUUGUAAUGAACAAUGUUUUGCCACGAGCCUUAAAAAUGCAUUUCACAUAUGACUUGAAAGGCUCCACAUACAAACGGCGAGCAUCAAGAAAAGAGAGGGAGAAGUCCAACCCUACAUUCAAGGACUUGGAUUUUUUGCAAGACAUGCAUGAAGGGUUGUAUUUUGACUCUGAAACACACAGUGCACUAAUGAAAACACUACAGCGGGAUUGUCGAGUUCUAGAAAGUUUCAAGAUCAUGGAUUACAGUCUGCUGCUGGGAAUCCAUAUUCUGAACAGUAAUAUGAAGGAAAAAGAAGGAGAGAGUUCCCAGAGCACAUCAGACACAAAACGUCCUGGAGGGCAGAAAGUUCUCUAUUCUACAGCCAUGGAGUCUAUACAGGGCCUCAGGAAGUCGGGGGACUCUGUUGCCACAGAGACAACAAACACAAUGGGAGGUAUUCCAGCUAAAAGCCAUAAAGGAGAAAAGCUGCUUCUAUUCAUGGGUAUUAUUGAUAUUCUCCAGUCUUAUAGGUUAAUGAAGAAGCUGGAACAUUCUUGGAAAGCUCUUGUUUAUGAUGGGGACACUGUUUCAGUUCACCGACCAAGUUUUUAUGCAGACAGAUUUUUAAAGUUUAUGAGUACAAGAGUUUUCAAGAAAGUUCAAGCUUUAAAGUCUUCACCUUCAAAGAAACGGUGCAAUUCCAUCACAGCCCUAAAAGCGACAUCACAAGAAGUAGUGUGUGGUGUUAGCCAGGAGUGGAAGGAUGAAAAACAUGGCAUUCUUGCUGAAGGACAAAGCUACGCCAGCCUUGAUGAAGAAGUACUCAGUUCACGCCACCGGCCGGAUCUAGUGCCAAGCACUCCAUCUCUGUUUGAAGCGGCUUCCUUGGCGACCACAAUUUCUUCUUCUUCCUUGAACGUAGAUGAGCAUUAUCAACAUGAUCAACCUACACUGUAUUCUAGCAGUAAAGGGUUGCCUUCAAGCUCAACAUUCACUUUAGAAGACAGUGCCAUCUAUUUGACUUCAGAACAAAGCACACUGGAAAUGGAAAAUGAUAAUGCUUCAGUUUUGGAUGUCUACUUAGGAAGUCUUGGAUCAAAGAACCUGGUCCUCAUGGGUGGCAUUGAUUACCCAGACAUUUGGGAGGACAACACAGCAGUGCACAAACUGGCCAUGAGAUUCCUGGAAUGCAUAAGGACUGCUUCCUGUGACAGGUGCUGGACAUGCCGCCAAGGAACAGCACCUUGCUACAUUUACCGGUUACAAAUGGAAGACUUACUUAACAUGUUAACUACCAAUGGUAGCCUUGGAUACAACAAUCACAACGUUGUGGAGUUUAAGACAGCCUCCUGGAAGCACAAGAACAGUCCAUCACCUACAAAGAGAAAGGAAGGGACAGACAAGAGACCACCCCUUAGGCUUAACUAUGACCUUUUGGAUGUGCUUAAAAGCAAAAAAGAAGCAUACCAGCUAUGGAAAGGCGGACCAAUACCCGUUGAGGACUACAGGAACCUUGCUAGGGCAUGCAGAGAUGCAGACAGGAAGGUUAAGGCUCCACUAGAACCGAAAUUGGCCAGAGAUGUCAAGAAGAAAGCGUUCUCCAGACAGGUGAGCAGUAAGCAGGAGCACAGGGAAGACACAGGCCCAUUACUAAACAGGGCAGGGAAACGAGUUACUAAGAAUACUCACAAGGCAGAGGUUCUCAAUACCUUCUUUGCCUGUGUCUCUACUGGUGUAGCUGGACCCCAGAUCACAGGAUCAAGUAGCCACAAUUAUGGACAUGUUGACCCACCGGUAGUGGCCCUCUGCAAGGGCUCAACCACAUAA